CCGGAGCCGCCGGGGCCGCGCCCCGCCCCGCCGCGAGUGCGCCUGCGCAGCCGCCUGCUCGCCCGGCCGCCGCUUCCCCUCCCCCUGGCCCCCCGCGGGGGCUCCGGCUCUGGCGGGACCAUGUUCACCAGCACCGGCUCCAGCGGGCUCUACAAGGCCCCGCUGUCCAAGAGCCUCCUGCUGGUGCCCAGCGCCCUGUCCCUCCUGCUGGCCCUGAUCGUGCCUCACUGCCAGAGGUUCUUCGUGUAUGACCUCCAGGCCGUCAAGGAUGACCUCCAGAUUUGGAGGCUGAUCUGUGGAAGAAUCAUUUGCCUUGACCUAAAGGAUGCUUUCUGCAGCAGCCUGCUGAUUUAUAAUUUCAGAAUAUUUGAGAGGAGAUAUGGGAGCAGGAAAUUUGCAUCCUUCCUGCUGGGCUCCUGGGUGCUGUCGGCCGCCGUGGACUUCCUGCUCGUCGAGGCCGUGCGCGUCUCCUUCGGCAUCACCGCGGCCCGGAGUCUGCCCUCUGGCUUCCUGGCGCCUCUGUUUGCUCUGUUUGUCCCGUUUUACUGCUCCAUACCGAGGGUCCAGGUGGCUCAAGUGCUGGGUCCGCUGGCCGUCACGAACAAGACGCUGAUCUAUAUACUGGGGCUGCAGCUUUUCACCUCUGGUUCCUACAUCUGGAUUGUAGCCAUAAGUGGACUUAUCUCCGGCAUCUGCUACAACAGCAAAAUGCUGCAAGUGGACCGUGUGCUGUGUGUGCCCGGCUGGGUGGCCAGGUUCUUCUCCUGCACCCUCGAGCCCAUCUUCUCGUCGUCGGAGCCGGCCACCGAGACCCGCAUCGGCAUGGGCGCCACGGUGGACAUCCAGAGGCAGCAGCGGAUGGAGCUGCUGGACCGGCAGCUCAUGCUCUCACAGCUAGCCCAGGCCCGGCGGAACCGGCAGGAGCAUGGGCGCGUGCUCGACUGGAACCGGCUCUUCCCACCCCUGCGGCAGCGGCGCAACGCCAACGACCAGGAGGGCCGGCGCCCGGAGCAGCCCACCGCCCCGCCGCUGGAGGUCUCCGAGGAGCAGGUGGCCCGGCUGAUGGAGAUGGGCUUCUCCCGGGGGGACGCCCUGGAGGCCCUGCGAGCGUCCAACAAUGACCUGAACGUGGCCACCAACUUCCUGCUGCAGCACUGACCGGCCGCCCUUCCCGGCUGGUGGCCCGCGGGCGCGGACUGAGUCGCUGUGAGUUAGCAUGUCGCUCUAGCUUCCCUGUCCCGAGGGGCGCUGCCUGCUCCUUCCCGAUGGACUGGACGCCAGCGGGCGAUGGCCGGCGAGGCCACGCUGCCCCUGGGACGCCCCCUCGAGGGUCCUUGAGAAAGGACGCCGCCUCCCGGAGGCCUCCCUUCCCUGCCGGCUCUCUCCACGUCCCCGCCCAGACCUGCCUCAGGCCCCGCGUGCGGCCCUGUGGCCCGACCCGGCCCCCCCCCCCAGCCUCCUUCACCCGGCCUCCGUCGUCAAACACCAGCCGUGAUCCGGUUCUGAGUCGAGGUUUGGGGUGGGGGACGCCUCUCGGGGUCCACGGGCGCCGCCCCAAGCCACCCGCGGCGAGCGCCCACGGCAGCAAACACCUGUGGGGUCCCAGGUGGUGUGGCCGCUCCGUGACCGGCCCCGUCCCCAGGGCGGCAAGCAGAGAGCAGGCCAGGGGCCCGCAUGGGAAGCUGCCGCCACCAUCCAAGACGGAGAGAAAUUGUGCAAGUGUUGUCUUCUGCAAAAUGAGCAGGAAUGUAUCAAAUUGAUGCAAAUUUGGACAUAUGUGAGCUGUACAAUAAAGUUUUUAAUGUGUUUUA